AUGACCACCUUGAACCAGAUCAGCGGCGACGCGGCCAUGACCCGCGACGACGACGCGGCCAUGACCCAUGACGACGACGCCUGCUUGGCAGCGAUGCGUGCUGCGCGCGCGGGCGCCUAUGCGCCGACGACGCCGUCGGCGAGCGUCGUGCGUCCCCCGGCCUUUCUUGCGACGACGCCCGCCCCGUCCGAGGCCGCAGACGCACAGGACGCGCCCGCCCACGCCGAGUCCGGGGCGACCGCGAACACAGACGCCGAGGACGCGCGCCGCUGGAAGACGGCGUGCGAGCAGCUCGAGGCGCGCGUGCGCUCGUUGGAAAGCUCCAUGGCGAGCGAAAUUGGACUCUAUACGGCCGCCCGUUUGGCGGCAAACGCGUGUGCCACGACAUUUGAUCGUACGAGCCAGGAGCUCUCGGCCGCGGGCCGCGUGCUCAUGGCCCAGGCCGACAACUACGAAGCGUCGCUAUCCUUCGCACAGCGCGCCCUGGACGAACAAGCCGAGAGGACGCAAACCCGCAACGCGUGGCUGCAAGGGCAUCUCACGGCCUUGAACAUGCCCAUGCCCAUGCCCAUGCCGGGUUUCGCUCCCUUCCCAGACAGUACGACUCCGGACAUGAAAGACACGGACAUGGAGGCCGACGACGACAACAGCGCGACUUUGUAG